AUGGCACAUCAUACGCAUUCUCAUUCUCAUUCUCAUUCUCACGAAGGACAAAAAUCUAUUUUACAUGCUUCAAAAACAUGCCGUUUAGGAAUGGUAUUAGGUCUUACAAUAGGUUUUUUCUUUGUUGAGCUUAUUUGUGGUUAUAUUCUUCAUUCUGUGGCUAUUUUUGCUGAUGCUAUUCAUAUGCUUAGUGAUAGUGGAGCACUUAUUAUUGCAAUGGUCUCCGUACGAAUUUCAAAACGAAAAUCAGCUAAAAAUACAUUCGGUUGGGUACGAGCACAAGAAUUAGGUGCUAUGGUUAAUUGUAUAUUACUUAUGUCACUUUGUUUUACUAUUCUUGUACAAGCUAUCAAACGUUUAAUAUCAAUAGAAUCUGUUGACAGAAAUAAAUUAAACUUAUAUAUUAUUGUUGGUGUCGUUGGAUUAGCUAUUAAUGUAAUGGCAUUAGUAAUUCUUGGAGGUGAUAUGGCUCAUGGACAUUCACAUGGAGGUGAUAACAAAAAAUCAAAAAAUAAACAAGAUAAUAAAAAAAAUGAAGAUGAUGUUGAAAUAGGUGAAGGUGAACAUUUAUGUGCUGAUGAACCAAUAGACAAUAUGGAUAAUCAUGGUCAUUCCCAUGAUACAGGACCAUCAAUAUUAGAUAAAAAUAAUACAAAAAAUGUUGAUAAAAAAUUGAAAAAGAAAAAUCGUAAAGGAAUGGAUGGUAGUCAAAUGAAUAUUCGUGGUGCUUUUCUUCAUGUACUUAAUGAUGCUCUUGGUUCAGUCAUUGUUGUUCUAGCUGGUUUAGCUAUUCGACAAUGGCCUGAUAAAGCAUGGGUUAAUUAUAUUGAUCCAUUAGCUAGUUUAAUUAUGAUUUCAAUGAUUGUUAUAUUUACAAUUCCAUUAUUACGUGAAGCAGCAUUAGUUCUUUUGCAAACAGCUCCUAUGCAUAUUGAAGUUGCUGAUUUACAAAAACGUCUUGUUGAACAAGUACCCGGUGUUCUAGCUGUACAUGAAUUUCAUGUUUGGCAAUUGAGUGGUUCAAAAAUAAUAGCAUCUGCACAUAUACGUUGUCAUAAUUUAAGUGAAUAUAUGGCCGUUGCUGAACAAGUUAAAGAUUUUUUUCAUAAAGAAGGUAUUCAUUCAACAACGAUUCAACCUGAAUUUAUUGAUCAACAAAUUGCAUCGGCAAUAGUUAGUGACAAAGAAUGUAUUCUUGAAUGUCUUAAAGACUGUAGUAUGAAUACAUGUUGUGGUCAACCAUCAAGUUAUGUUAAACAACGAACACCUCGUUUAGGUGCAAACAAUAAUACGGAUUCAGAUAAUAUUGCUCAACGUUCACAAGGUGAAAUGAUUAUACCGUCAAUUGAAAUAAUAAGUCCAACACGAUCAAGUAGUUAUGUUGAGAACACUAAUUAA